UGUUGUGGUAUCAAUGAACAGCUAUUAUUUGGACAAUUAACUCCYAAUGGGCAUCGUUUUGAUAUAAUUACCCACUUAAAACUAGUCCUUAGUAACUCUUACGGCUUCCGUUGUCCAGAAAUGUGUWUUUUCGGAGGACUUCUAGUAAAAGCGGAGUAUCAUUGCGUUGUGCAUUUGACACACUUGGUUGUCACGACUGCUGGCUUGGUCACCUUCCAACAACUUUAGUUCAACUUUUCUAUCGCAGAUAUGUUUCAUCCUCAGUUCGGGUAUGGUCCUAGACUUUGGCAAGGGUUUCAGCCCAGUCAGGYGCUCCCCCAGCCCAAUUUUUCUGUCCCACCACAGUUUGGAUCCAAUAAUGGACCCUUUUCUCAUAUGAACGUCAACCAGCCGAGAUUACCACCCAAUAAUAAUGCAAGAUGGGUCCAUCCCCCAAUCAAUCCCAUGAUACCACARAAUCAUCCUCGCCAUUUUGGUCCCAAUUUUCCACAACAGUUAAGGCCUCCAGGCACAGAUGGUGAAGCUUGCUUUCAAAUGCCAGGCAUUCCUCAUCAUAGCCCYAUUGCUGGUCAAGUGAGCAAUCCAACUGCAUUUACAUGUAACAGUCAAGGGCCUCCAAUAAUUCCAAAUCCACCUAUAUUGUCUCCAGUUCAUACGUCUAUAAGUAACUAUCCAUUUAGUGGACAGCCAUUACAAAACAACCAAUCACUUCCUAGACAGCCACUGAAUAACAGCCAACCCAUUCCUGGACAACCUUUGCAGAAUAGCCAAUCUUUUCCUGGACAGUUAUAUCAUAAUACUCAGACACUUUCUGGGCAAAUGUUUCAUAAUCAAGCAUCUUCUUCAGGACAAAUGAAUGUAUUUCCUGRACAAAUAUCAAAUCCUAACCUUUCUCUUGGAAAUAAUAAUUCUGUACAAGUACCUACACCACUGCAACCACCRCUACCACCUGACCCAUUUCCUGGUCAAACUCUUAUUCAUCCACCACGUGAACCUCCCAUGCCAACAAGRUCUGAAAAAGUUCCRAUUAAAAGUAGAAGCAAAGACAUAAACUUCAGCAGCAGAGAUGCRAAGACACAUAAUUCRCCAAGCAAGAAAAACCAUUCAUUUAAAACUGAUCAUUCAUCUAGAAAGGAGCAGGUUUCUCCUCGAAAACGAAAAAGCAAUCAAAGUCCAAGUAGCACUAAACAUGAUAGUAAACGAUSUAGGCAUAACAGUGAGUCUUUUCGAAAGAAAGAACGUGAGCAUGAAGACAGAUCAGAAAGUAAUAUGAAGCACAAUAGAAAUGAUCUCAAGACUUCUCAAAGGGAUAGAAAUGAUCAAAGUGUUUCAAAUAGAGACAAAUGUAAAUCAAGUAUGUCUGAUGUCAACAAUCACAGGAGCUCUCAUACACGGGAUCCACGUAGUGAUAAACAUGUUGCUAGGAGACAGGAUAGUAAACAAGGCGGGGAUGAUCACCACUCGUCUUUUAGCCAAAGCGUAAGACCGAUUAGAUCUGUCUCCCCUCCUGCACCUGACAUCAAGAGAAAAAUCAAGUUUAUMGUCCCUGAGGAUUUGUAUCAACUUMAAAGAGAGGGAACACCUCCRAGGACAAUAGUCACUGCCACCCAAGAACUACAGAAAAUCUACCAAACAUUUGAAAAGAAAGUCUUAAACACACCAAAUGAAGUUGAAACCACCAAGAUUAAAGAYCUUCCUGGGACUCAUAAGGCUUGUAAUACCCAAGAUACAGCUAAUAAAAUCACACAAGAUAACAUGGAAUUAGAUUCUCUUGAUGGGAAUGAGUUYGACGUUACUGAAAGUAGAMCUAAGGGGGAGUACACAGAGGAUGUCUUUGGUGCCAAUGAUGACACUGAUGACACUGAUGAAGAUGAUAAUGAUAGCCGUGGUGGYGAUAGUAGUUCAGAUGAAGAAUGUGGUGUCAAUCCAGAUGCACCAGUCAGAGAAUAUCGGCAAAGGAAAUUGUCUGAUCCAAGGAGAUUGCACCCAGAUUUGUGGUUCAAUGAGCUAGGAGAGGGUAAUGACGGGCCAGUCUGCAAGUGCUGUGCCAAAGAUAAAGAACWUGGAAUAAGACACGCUGUUUAUCCUGGUGAAACGGAUGUUCCAUUGUGUCAUCCAUUAACCAACAAUGCCAAUAAGCUACACCAUUACUGGGUGACGGUCACACCACAUUGUAACUUCAUGACUGAUCGACCAACUGUCAUCAAGCAUAGAGACAARGAUUAUGUGUUUGAAGGGUUUUCUAUUGUAUCCCAUGAGCCUUUAGACUGGAUCCCAACUUGUUCUUUUAUUCGUUUUAAUAUUGAAUACACAUUUCACCUUAUCAAGGAGCCAUUACCUAAGAACUUCUGUAUAAAAGGAUUAGAGCUAUUUUCAAAGUUUCUGUUUUCAAAUAUUUUGGAACUUUUUGACUGGACAUUGAAGGGACCAGAUAAAAAAGGCUGUCCCAUUUUCCAUUUCCUACCGAGGUUUAUACUGCAUCAAAAUGAUAAAAAGGAUGGUCAUGAAAUCCAUGAGUUAUUAUCAAUGGACAAAGUKUUAUAUCAUUUGAUAAAAAGUUCAUCUGAAUUUGUUAUAAAGCCACGUCAUUUAUCAAUGCCAAGACAAAAAGAAAGACCUUUCGCCAAAGCACAUUAUAACAACAUUGUCACUCAACCAAACAAGAAGCCAGCAGCUUUUAGAAUCGAUGACAUUUUGUUUGAAAACGGACGUGAUGGAAAAAAGGCAUUUCCUCAAAUUCUACAUCAUGGUAUUCGACCUGUUCAAAUGUGCUAUGCUGGAAACCCUAAGUACCAAAAACUUUGGAAGUCAUAUGUACGGUUACACAGACCUGUAGCCAGUAGAAAAGAACAUGAUAGAUUAGUUGAAAUCAAGAUUGGACUGGAAAAAAUGAAGUUGAACAGCUCAAUGCGAAGAGAUGUUGAGGUAAGAAUGAGCAGCGAAGGUCUGAAGAAAACAGGGAUCAAUUCAGAUGUAUGCCAGCAUGCAAUGGUCCUUCCAGUCCUGGUGCAUCACUUGCGAUAUCACAUAUGUCUAAAGACGCUUGACAGUAAGCUAGGAUACACGUUUAAAGACCGCAMACUACUACAGCUGGCUCUUACCCACCCUUCAUAUCAUUUGAAUUUUGGUAUGAAUCCUGACCAAGCACGAAACACCCUGACAAACUGUGGUGUGAAGUUACCAAGGUAUGGAGACAGGAAGAUACACAGGAUGAACACCAAGAAAAAAGGCAUUACCCAGUUGAUCCGUGUAAUGGCAAAUCUUGGCAAGAUUGAAGAAAACCAAUCUAUGAUAAGGCAUAAUGAACGACUUGAGUUUCUUGGUGAUGCGGUGAUGGAAUACAUGUGCAGCUCCCAUCUUUACUUCAUGUUACCAGAAGAGAGUGAAGGAAACCUGGCCAUUUACAGGUCUGCCUUAGUUCAAAACAGCAAUCUCGCAAUCCUUGCAAAGAGUUUCAACUUAUCUGAUUACAUGCAGUAUUCUCAUGGACCAGAUCUUUGCAAGGAGGAAGAUUUAGACCAUGCUAUGGCAAACUGCUUUGAAGCUAUCUUGGGUGCAAUCUUUCUAGAAGGAGGACUUCCAGCAGCUACAGAGUUCUUUACCAAAAUGGCAUUCACGGAAGAGAAACUAAGAAAUGUUUGGUCUAGGAAACCAAAACAUCCCUUACAGUUACAGCAACCUAAUGGUGACAGACAUCUUAUAAAGUCAUCACCUGUAUUGCAGAAAUUACAGGAAUUUGAAGAAAGCAUUGGCAUCAAGUUCAAUCAUAUUCGCCUGCUGGCCCGGGCAUUCACACAUCCUCAAGUUGGAUUCAACAACUUAACUCUAGGUGAUAAUCAACGCAUGGAGUUUCUUGGUGACUCAGUGCUUCAAUUGGUAGUCUCCGUCUAUCUCUAUCGACAUUUUCCAGAUCAUCACGAAGGGCACCUGACGUUGCUAAGAAGCUCUCUYGUCAACAAUCGCACCCAAGCUGAAAUCUCUCGACAGUUAGGAAUGGAAAAGUAUAUCAACUUUGGAUCGAAGGAACUAAAGAAAAUUCGAGAAAAGCAACUUGCAGAUGUUUUAGAAGCCUUCCUUGCUGCGUUGUAUGUCGACAAGGGACUUAAACAUAUCGAGACUUUUUGUCGUGUGUGUUUUUUCCCUCGAGUUGAGGAUAACAUCGUGAACCAGGAGUGGAUCGACUCAAAAUCUCAACUACAGCAGUGCUGCCUAGCUCUCAGACAAGGAGGAAAACACCCCGAUCUUCCAGUAUACAAAGUUCUCCAAGAUUCUGGACCAUCGCACCACAAGAAAUUCCAAGUUGGUGUAUAUUACAAAGGAAAGAGAGUCGGUACAGGUGAAGGUCACAGUUUGCAUGUGGCUGAAAUGACUGCAGCAAAAGAUGCCCUAGCCUCAAGCUAUUUUCCUGAAAUGGCCAGACAGAAGCAUUUCCUGGACGGAAAACACCAAGAAAAAAGAACUAGAAAUUACGAGCCAUCCAAGCAAAGGGAAAAGCCUUYAGAWGAAAAGAAAACUGUUCAGGAACCAACGUGGGUGGAACAUGAAUAGACGACAURAUUCUCAUCCGCUACGCAAGGCAAGCCUUUACAGACGUAAACGCAACACUAUUAUCAGACGCUAGAACAAAGCGCAACCGGCCGACGCAAGCAAAAACAAAUUUYAUACAGUCAUUGUAUCUCUCGUCUCACUAGCGACGUAAGUGUACGCAAGCGUUAACGCAGACGUAAGCGUAAGAAAAACAAAGAGAAGCAAUAUUAAAAACCAAAAUGCGAUACUUUUAAAGAAAACGCUCCGUUCUCUUGUGCAUGUGAUUUACUUAAUAACGCAAUGGAAAUUUUUGGCCUGUGCGCGUAGAGACGUUCGUCGAGUCGCCUGCGUAAUUCUCUUGCGUAAUUCUUGUGUCGCACGUGAGAAUCAAACUUGAAAAUUUUCUCGCACCGUCUCAGUAAGGCGUCUAUUCGUCUGAUUUUCUUUUAGUCUAUUCCUCCGAUUACGGCUUAAUUAUUCUAAGCUAGAUUAUUUUUCUUUUAUUAUAUUUUUACUAUUAAUUCCGUCUGCAUUAUCCCAUUUCAUGGUAUGACAAAUUUCCUUGUGCACCAUUACGUUGUUUUUAAGGCCUGGUUAUAGUUAAACAGACGUCACCUGAUCAUUUAAAUUUUCCAUAUAAGUCUCUUUUCAAAGUGACAAUCUGUCAGGUAUAUUGAAUAAUGUAUUUUAAACACGUUUUUAGAUUUGUUCACCCACUCAAUUAUUCAUAAGUGGCAUUCAUCGUCGUCAUUAAACAAAUCUACAUUGUGCAAAUUAUCGAAAUUUGUCCAACAUACUACUGUAUUUUUAUACAGUGUGUGUUUAUAUGAAUUUAUCUGUAUUAUCAAAAUUGUUUAUAUAAAGGAUUAUUUAUUUAAAUGUUUAUAAUUAAAUCAAGAUGUUAUUAUUCUUCCGAAAAAAAAUCAACAACAAGCAUCCAAUAAACACUUUUACGAUGUU